AUGAUGGACGCCUCGCAACUCGACUACUGCAUGACGAUGAUCUGUUUGAUCUCGUUGCUAGGAGGAGACGUCGUUAUGCAAAAGUACACCAAUCUCAAUUUUAUGUGUUUUGUUGAGGCAGUAUUGUUUGACCGACCACUUGAUGAGAGGAAUGUGCUCAUCGAUGGUCGUCUCGAUUCCGCCACAACACUCAAGAUCUUGUGCAAUAAGCUUAAGCAGUUCUCAAACCGCAUCAAAUCUUGUUGUUUCGGACUUCUAGAGAUCAAGGAGGAUAGUGACCGGUAG